AUGGCCGGCCAACGAUGUACGUUCAAAGCCCAACAUGGCUUCUUCACCCAUGACGACGAUCCAGAAAGCUGGGACUUUCGGGCGACCACCAGGCCCCUUCUCGGCAUUAAGACACGAGAAUAUGCCACGGAUUCAGAUUUUGAGCCGAAAGAAGAGAGUACGCAAUGGCAGCGACUAGAACACUACGUCCGUCACAUGAACACCCUCAACCCUACACAACAGCGUUGGAAAAUAUUUUACAUCAUCCGCCAUGGCCAGGGAAUCCACAACGUCAAACAUGAUGAAGUCGGACGGGAAGAGUGGGAUCGGUACUGGUCUAAGCUUUCUGGCGAUGGCCACGUGGUCUGGGAAGAUGCCGAAUUGACGCCAUUUGGGGAGCAGCAAGCGGAGGCUAUUGCGAGUUUCUUUGGGAGGGGGGAAGUACCGUUGCCGGAUGUGAUUUUCAGCAGUCCUCUGAGGAGAUGCUUGGAGACGACGAAGAUUGCGUACAAGGACGACUUGGCAAUGGUGGGAAGUACAAGUGAAUCAAUAAGGAGACCACUGGUGAAGGAAAAGCUGCGCGAACGACUGGGCGUGCACUUGUGCGAUAAGAGGAGCACAAAAUGCUUCACCGAAGAAGAUGAGCUUUGGAAAGCAGAUGUCAGAGAGACCUUAGACGAGCACAUGACCAGGGCUGCGCAAUUGUUGGAAGACAUCUUCGAGCGCGAGGGUGAUGAGGCCAUUGUGAGCUUAACUGCGCACUCGGGUGCUCUAAUGGCACUGUUUGGGGCCACGGGGUGGAAAAAGGUUCCUGUGGCUGCGGGGGCAGUGUACCCUUUGUUGGUGGUCGCGGAAAAAGUCUCGACGGAAGGCCAAUAA